CGCAUGCAAAAUGACGCGAGAAUGCUAUACAGUCUGGCUAUUUCACAAGCUUCAAAGCAAACUUCACUGGAGGCCCAAGCAUAAAAUCCCACUGCAAGGGAGCUACUAGAAUAGAGACAGCAACCACAGGUGCACCCUCUGUACUAUUACAAAACCACUGAACUUGGCCAGCGUUUCGAAAGCUUUUUUUUUCUUUACCGCUGAAGUCGGAGAUCGUCAACCGCUCCAAACAUUACUGAGUAUCAGUGUUCGAUCACCGGCUGGGAGAAGAUCACGGUCGACACGUCCUCGUGAACCACGUCGUGAGCUCAAUUAAUCUUCAGCAAAUUCUUUGGCCGCUGGGUUUAGCGUCGCCUGGGUACCUGGUCAUAAAAUGAGAUUGGAAGGCGGCUGAGCUUGGAGCAUGGAGAAUCCGGAGGCUGCAAUCUCAAGGGGGCUACUCCAGCUCCAGCGGGGCGCAGUUGAUUCCACGAGUUACAACGUUACAACUUACAUAAUCAUCGUGCCGUGUUGGCGUAUAUAACUGUUCGAGGGGCACGGCCCAUAUUUUCGAUUGCAAUAGCAACAAAAUGUGCACUCGACAAGCACUACAUCCAGCCAGCCGAGACAUACUUAAAGUUGUGCAAUAGUUGAAACUCGGCUGGAUCUUAAUCAAACUGAGGUGUGCACUCUGAAGAGUAUCUGGUACGUUUCGCCAUGAGGGAGUGUUUAUCAAUCCACAUUGGUCAAGCCGGAAUUCAAGUUGGCAAUGCUUGUUGGGAGCUUUUCUGUCUUGAGCACGGCAUCCAGCCGGAUGGGCAGAUGCCAAGCGACAAGACGGUGGGAGGAGGAGACGACGCCUUCAACACCUUCUUCAGCGAGACAGGAGCCGGAAAGCACGUGCCCCGAUGUGUAAUGUUGGACUUAGAGCCCACCGUGAUCGAUGAGGUCCGCACAGGUACCUACCGCCAGCUCUUCCACCCUGAGCAGCUCAUCAGCGGCAAGGAAGACGCCGCCAACAACUUCGCCCGCGGACACUACACCAUCGGAAAGGAGAUUGUGGAUCUAGCAUUAGACAGGAUUCGAAAGUUGGCGGACAUGUGCACCGGCCUGCAGGGAUUCAUGGUGUACCACGCAGUCGGCGGUGGCACAGGCUCAGGCCUCGGCUCGCUGCUCCUGGAGCGCAUGUCAGUUGACUACGGCAAGAAGACGAAGCUCUCCAUGUGCGUCUUCCCGAGUCCGCAAGUAUCUGGCGCAGUGGUGGAGCCUUACAACAGCAUUUUGUCUUGCCACGGCCUCCUGGAACACACCGAGGUGUCGGUGAUGUAUGACAACGAAGCCAUUUACGACAUUUGCCGAAGGAGCCUGGACAUCGAGCGGCCGACUUACACGAAUCUGAAUCGGCUCAUCACACAGGUGAUAUCGUCGUUAACAGCGUCUCUUCGCUUCGAUGGCGCUCUGAACAUGGAUCUCACCAAUUUUCAGACCAAUUUGGUGCCAUAUCCUCGGAUUCACUUCAUGCUGUCGUCCUAUGCACCCGUGAUAUCUGCCGAGAAGGCUUACCAUGAGCAGCUGUCUGUCUCGGAGCUUACCAAUAGCGUGUUCGAGCCUGCCAGCAUGAUGGCCAAGUGCGAUCCUCGACAUGGGAAAUAUAUUGCGUGUGCGAUGAUGUACCGAGGAGACGUUGUCCCGAAGGAUGUAAAUGCUUCUGUGGCGACGAUCAAGACGAAGAGGACGAUCCAGUUCGUGGACUGGUGCCCAACGGGUUUUAAGGUGGGGAUCAAUUACCAGCCGCCGACGGUGGUGCCCGGCGGGGAUUUAGCCAAGGUGCAGCGAGCCGUGUGCAUGAUCGCCAACACCACGGCGGUGGCGGAGGUGUUCUCUCGCCUGGACCAUAAAUUCGAUUUGAUGUAUGCGAAGCGAGCGUUUGUGCACUGGUACGUGGGCGAGGGCAUGGAAGAGGGUGAGUUCUCUGAGGCGCGGGAGGACUUGGCUGCGUUGGAGAAGGAUUACGAGGAGGUCGGCGCGGAUUCAACGGAGGGUGAUGGUGAGGAUGAAGGCGAAGAGUAUUAGAUCAUUCGCACACCCGAUGAACACUGUAAUUUAGCAGCGAGAUUAGGGAGUUGAGCAGCAACCUUUGAAUACCUUUGAGGGUGGACAGAUGUUGUUUGUUCACAUGCAGAGUUGCAAUUUUUCCCAAACGAUGACGCCAUGCCUUUCAGAAAACACAAAAAAUUCCUGUUCUCGAUGUAGAACGUAGCAAUGCAAGUUUUGAACCCUGCUACUUGAAACAGACGCUGUGUAAAAACGAACGCCAAGUUACAGUUCACGUUCAAUCCACAGCGAUUUACCAGCAUCAGGGCUGCAAUCAACGAGUUCACAAAGUUUCGAAAACUUACGAAUGGAGGACAAAGGCAGCAGGUGGGAACCACUGAAAUUACGUCUUAAUACAAAAUCUCAGACUUCGAGAAUACGGGAGUUUAUACUUCCUCAUCACCUCUCGACUCGUAACACCAUGAGCAAAAUUGAACAAUAAAGUGAAGGAGCGCCCAUUCGGCCAGCACUUCAGUGA